GGAGGAUAAUGGUGGGCGUGGCUUUUUUUAACCCGUGCGUUGCUCCAGUCUCUUUCCAUCAAUGAAUUGCCUAGUUGUCCCCUACUGUCAAAACCCCCCUGCGACUCGGGUGCUAGUGAGACGUUCCAGUGCCCGAGGGCUCGGCGGUGUGAUACGCCUAUAGGAUGAAAGGAUUGGCUCCUACUCAGCUCUUCUUCCGCGUGUGUGGGAAGUGGGCCCCUCCUUUGCUAGAGGAAGAGGCCGGCUGUGGGUUGACUGACUGUGUGUAAGCAUAUACUGUAUGCAUGAGGGUGGGUUUCUAUCGCAUUCCCUGGCCAGGUGUCCCCAGAGAGACUAGGGUGAAGGGAAAGGUGUGGCUGCAUUGAGCAGAAUGCACUGUAUGUCUGUGUGGGAUGAGAUAACCACUUAGAAGUAGGUGCUGGAGCUGUCGUGUAGCCUAUUAGAGGCAUUGCUGUGUGACCAGCACCUAGCUGCGACUGGAAACUGUAGUGUCAACGUAUUUGUGCCUGGAGCUGCAGUGCUGCACAGUGUGUGUGUGUGUGUUGCACAGUGUGAGGAGUUUAUAGUAACACAAGUUCAAGGUUAAGGAGUCUGUUCCACAGUAUAAGGUACAGGUGAAGUGACAACCCAACUGCUGCUUUUGUUAUGGCAACCCCCAAAGUCCUGUGUGUCCCUCUACUUUCCCUCCUUGCUCUGCUGGCCGCCUACUGGUACCGCCAGAUAGAUGACAACGCCCUGCAGAGCAGACUGGACAGUGUUCUGUCAUCGCUUCUCCGAGCUGAGCAGAAAGUUGGACUGGACUCCCACCGGCCUCCUCGCAUUGCUAUAGGAUUUGGAGGAUGUCUGGAUAUAAUAGUAGACGGAGUGGCUCUCCUGAAUGAAGCAGGUAUUGAACCCACCUACAAUCCAAUACAUCACAAUUACAUUGAGACCGAGGCCCAGCUGGCUGAGAGCUUUGCAUACUUCUUCCCACCAGGAGCAGCUUCAGAGAGAUAUGUAUCCAAUGAGACAUUGUUUAGGAAGCUAGUAGACACCUCUAAAAGUCUCACAGAAAUGCGCUGGGCCCUUGGUGGAAACGCACCAGUCAUGGCUAAUCGCUUGGCCACAGAGGGAUGUGAUGUUUUACUUGGUGGUCGUCUUAGUCCAGAAGAAAUUAGUGUGCUUUCUGAACGAAUAACAGUUGCUGGUGAGCCCAUAAAUGAUCCUGAUAUCCACUUGAUUAUGGAAUAUCCAACAGGAGCUAAAUGGGGAAAUCACAUGUCACGAAGGGCUAACAGGUAUAUAGUACACAGUGAUUCACACAAUCCUAUGGUUGAUUCCUUGGAAGACUUUAAAUCCCAGCUGGAAAGCUUUAGCCCAGAUUUGCUGGUCAUUGGAGGGCUGCAGAUGAUGGACAGCUUUCCGUUUAAGUCAGGGCAACGUGAAUCUAGACUAAAAGCUAUGCAAGAACUUCUCUUGUCCACCAACCCUAAAAUUGCCUCCCACUUUGAAAUGGCCUCAUUUGUGGAACAAAGCCUAAUGAAGGAUCUUCUUGAAUAUAUCAUACCUUACUCUGAUUCGCUUGGAAUGAACGAACAAGAACUCCCCAAUCUACUUAGCCUGAUCAAGGGUGGAAAUAUUACAGUACUUUCAGACCCUUACCCACGAGUAGCAUCAAUUCUUGACCAAAUGCGUGAACUUUACCAGCUCCUCAGAUCACAGGAGCAUAAGGAAGGCCAGCGCUAUCUUACCAGGUUACAUGUCCACACCUUGGCUUUCCAAGCCAUGAUGGUUACCAAGGAUUCCAUGUGGAAGAACACAAUGUCUGCCACAGCAAAAGCAUCCUUGACUGCUAAUCGCCAUGUGUGUGGCUCCUCUCAGAUUGACACAAGAAAAGCUAAACUAAUCAUGGAUGACUCAUUCUCUGUUAGCCGAGAAACGGGCAGCCAGAGGAUACCCUUUAAGGAAAGUCGUCCCGUGUCUUGCUGGGAAGAAGACAACUAUGAGAUAUGUUUAGCCCCAGUGCUGGUGUGUACUGAGGUUUUCCAGACAGCAGGUGGAGGAGAUAAUAUUUCUGCUGCAGGGCUUGUGCUACAGAUUUAAUUUGAUUGUAGCUGCUCUGCUCACACCUUCAUAAACAUUCCUUACAAAAAGAACUAUUUUUCUAGGGUUAAUUGUUAAUGAUGAGUGGGAGUUAUAGGAACAGUUCAGUGUAAAAAUAAAAACUGG